AUAGGAAAACUUCUUGUCUACAGGAGAACUUGUGUUGUGUCGUUUUAGAACUGAGGUGCGAGACCACCAGAAUGAAUCCUGCAUGUGCGUCAUGGGAUUGUCGACACGUUUGACGUCGCGAAUGUUCUGCGGAAAUAUCUGCAGAAACCUCAAACAGUUCACUCAGCACAGUUCACUCAAUGCCGCCGUGAGUGGGAAUCUAACAGUAACACUUGCAGUCACUGCUGUUUCAGGUCGUGGCGUGCACACAACGGCGCCCUCUUGUGGCAGGGCACCACGAGAUCGUCCAUGGAGCAUCUGGCUGUCUGGGGAUCCGAUGGAUAAGACGAUGCUGGUGGACAUGACCGCCCCGCGAUUCGAAUUCAAGAACAACUCGCUGCUAGCCGAUGCACCGCCAGUCGUCAAGAAAUUGCUCAGCAUGGAGUUUGGGAGAAAAAAAGACAUAUGGGCAGAGAGAAAGGAGGAUCUGAUAGCCAGGGUACAACGACAUCCGGACGACUUUGGUUCCAUUGAAGCUCAGAUUGCCAAGGAGACGGCCUGGAUUCGUCAGCUUCAGGACCACAUGCGACAGUCGCUGAAGGACAAGGUUAACAAGAAUCGGCUGGACGAGUUGAUUGACCACAGGCGUAAGCUGCUUAAAUACCUGCGACGGUGGGACUACACGCGAUUUCAGUGGUUGCUCGAACAGCUGGACAUCAAAUACAGAAAAAGCGAAGGUGGAGCUUUUCAAGAAGACGACAGAAGGGGCGGAUGCGCUGCCGGAGGCGCCCGCUGCGGCCGAGCACCUGUCGUUAAGGACAGCAGAUGGUUGGCUGAAAAGGAAGAGAUCGUCAAAUCGAUCGAGAUAGACGAGAAGCAGUUCAGUAUCGAUUCGUCGGAGACGGAAUACAAGCACAUACCGGAGGAGCUACGUAAAUCUGGCAACACUGCUUCCUAG